UUCUUGAUGAACUUUCCCUUAAAAAGGAGAUAAUAGACAGGACAAUAACUGAGAAGAUUUUUACUGUCAAAAAAUGAUUUCUUUACUAAGGGCCUAUUGGGACGCUUUCUUGCCCUAAAUCGCUUCUGAUAAUAGUCCGAAUGUCUCCCAGCUGGAUUUUAUUAGAGUCUAACUCAGGGAUUAUAACCCAAAGAGCAGUAGGAACUUCCACUACCUUGGCAAGGGACAGUGGCUCAUACUGACAGUGUUUGUCCCCCAAAGAUAAGUCCACUGCUCUGGAAUCUGAAAAUUUGGUCUGAAUCCGCAGGUUAUUUUCUGAGAAAUGGGUUAAAACCCCCUCACAAUGAAAACUACUUGAUUUCAUAUGUCACUGGAAGCAACAUAGAUUGACCAGCCCUUUUUGUCCCUUGGAAUAACUUUGCCGAUCAGGACUUUGCAGAAGUUAGCUGGAGGCGAAGAAGCCCAGCUGUGCCUCAUGCAAAGCCCUUGGCUCAAGAUAUCAAAAUGUUUUCAUGCUGCAGUUGAUGAGAAUCAGGCAGUGACUCUGGCCGCCACUAUUCCAGCCACUUGUUUUCCCUCUUCCUCUGUCACAGAGCAUGUGUAUGUACCCUGAUGACCUGUGAGAACAUGGCUCAGAAGACGGUAUUUAGAAAUUAUUGUAUCAGUCGCAGAGGGCAAACAUUAAGCAGAAUAAAAGAUGGUCACUGCCACAGUUAUUGUUUUUUUUUCAGGGGGGCGUAUGACUCUAGGAUGUUCCCUCUCUAAAAACUGAAAUACCACUGGCAGACCACAGUGCUUUUUCCCAGAACCACCUGCUGCAGAGAGCUGUGCCAUGAGCUAGGCUGUAGGAACCUCCGGAGUCCCACAACGCAGUGACCCAGCGAUGGCGGGAAGAAAUGCUGUUCUGCAGGGUGGCCGUGCUGCACCAUUGCAGGGACCAACAGCGUCCGGUGCUGCCACGCCAGUCUUUCGUGGUACAGCCUCCCUUUGCCAACUGAGACCACAAGGUGUUUCCGGCCUAACAAGAGUAACAUGAGACAAUAAAUACACAGGAAGUGCCUGUUUUGUGUGCAAGGUUUAGAAUCAGCCCAUUUCUGAGAACAGGAAAAGGAAACUAAAUUAGUCUCUUCUCUGCAGAAGCAGCCAUGGCUGCUGCGAAUCCAGCAAAAAUUCUUCAAGGUGAAGUGACUUGUUCAGUGUGUCUAGAUUAUUUUAAAGAUCCAGUGACUCUAGAUUGUGGGCACAAUUUCUGCCAAGCCUGCAUCGCUCAGUGCUGGGAGGGAUUGUGUGUAAACUUCUGGUGUCCUGAGUGUAGAAGAACUUUCUCCCAGAGAAACUUCAAACCAAACAGACAGCUGAGGAAUAUUGUAGAAGCUUCCAGAAUGCUUACAGUGAAGUCAACAAAAGAACCAGAAGUUGAGAGAGUGUGUGAAAUACACAAGAGGGCUUUAGAUGUCUUCUGCCAAGAGGAUCAAACACCCAUUUGUUUGGUUUGCCAUCUGUCCCGAGGUCACAAAGAACACACUGUGGUUCCCAUAGAGGAGGCUGCCGAGGAUUACAAGGACCAAAUUCAGAGCCGUUUGGAGAUUUUGAAGAAAGAGAGAGAAAAGAUUCUGACAUUUAAAUUGAACGGGGAAAGUAAAAGCCAGGAACUGCUGAAACAGCUACAAACUGAGAGGCAGAAGCUUGUGUCUGAAGUUCAGCAACUGCACCAGUUACUGAAGGAACAAGAGCAACUCCUCCUGGCCCAGCUGGAAGAGCUGAAUAAGGAAAUUGUAAAGAGGAGGGCUGAGUAUGUUGCCAAACUAUCUGAGGAAAUAUCUUCUUUCAGUCACCUGAUCAGUGAGAUGGAGCAGAAGUGCCAGCUGCCAGCGAGUGAAUUCCUGCAGGACAUCAAAGGCACCUUGAGCAGAUGUGAGAGGGAGAAGUUUCAGAACCCAGUGGCCUUUUCUUCGGAACUGAAAUGGAGAAUCUGGGAAUCUUCUCAAAGGAAUGCAUCUCUGGAGACCAUAAUAAAGAAAUUCAAAGACUCACUGUCGUCUAGACAGCAGUUGGACAAAGCGAAGGUGACUCUGGAUCCAGACACGGCCCAUCCCCAACUCAUCCUGUCUGCGGAUCGGAGAAGUGUGAGAUGGGGAGACACACGGCAGGCUCUGCCCGAAAACCCUGAGAGAUUUGACACUGAGCCCUGCGUGCUGGGCUGUGAGGGAUUCACCUCCGGCCGACAUUACUGGGAGGUGGAGGUGAAGGGGGAGGUGAAGGGAGUCUGGGCUGUGGGGGUGGCCAGAGACUCUGUGAGCAGGAAGGCAGAGAUCAGCUUUAACCCGGAGGAGGGGAUCUGGGCUGUGGAGGGCAGAGGAGAUCAGUACUGGGCUUUCACAUCCCCUGUGCAGCGCACCCCCUUCUCUCUAAACCGGACACCCCACAGGAUCCGGGUUUAUCUGGACUAUGAAGAGGGGCGGGUGGCGUUUUUCGAUGCUGGUAAUGGAGACCCGAUCGUCACUUUCCCGCCGGCCUCUUUCGCCGGGGAGAGAAUCCGCCCGCUCUUCUGUGUGGGACUUGAGGGAAGAUCUUGUUUUCCGCUCCGUUCCCUGGGCCGACGCUGCCAACUCACACUGUGUCCCUGAGCUUCCCUGUCUGUCCCCACUAAACAGGCUCCUAGGAGGCCAACUAAGUGUGUAGUGGGGGCGGGGAGCCCUACCAAGGAAGGAGGGAGCCCCCUGUGAGAGGGACCCAGCUGAGGGCCAGGGAGAGACCCCUCAACUGGGGGGAGGGGAGCAGGGGGAGCCCUGGGUGAGGAAGCUAGGGAGAGGGGACACAGGGGUGUUUAAAAUCAUGUGAGCUGAUUGUUAUUUAGCCACAACCAGCUAAUAUAUGUUUGCAUACAACUGAUUUUGCUGCAAGCAAUUUAUUGUGUCUGAGUUUCCUCCCAAAGUGGUCUUUCUAAAAUGUGGAUAAAUGCAUAUUUUGAUGGUGUGGGUUCGUAUUAUUAAAUUUGCUGACAGUA